GUUGCAGGUGACGCAUGCGUAAUGACGCGACUAACGGUUGUUUGCUGUAGCAACCAGCUCUCCAAGUGAAAGAAAGUCGUGUUAAAAUAUUUAAAAUAGUGUCUAAAAUGUAAUAUUUUAAGUAAAGUGGGAUGUUUUGGCAACAUUAAAAGUAACAUCAGGUAAUACUGGCGUGGAGGACCACAAUUUGAGCUUCGCCACUACAGGGAGAUGUUUUCCACUUCGCUGCAGCAGGAACAACAACAACUCCACCCAGUUCUCUGCAAGAAAUAAUCCAUGAAUGAGCACCGACAUGCCUUAAAACAGGGAUGUUACACCCCCCACCCCCCAAUAAUCCGGAAAUUGCUGUAUUUUGUUGGUGGAAUUUACCCGAUCCAGGCUGCAUUAUGUCGUCUCUGCUGGACGAGACGGCUGACGAUGCUCCCGUCAAAGACGUCGCUGCCCGGCAGCAGCCUCGCCUCCCUGCUGUUGCACGUGAUUUGGCAGGAAAUCGACAUGCUUGGGCUCCACAGGAUGUCUCACGUGUGUCCAGGGAUGAGCUGGAAGACCGUUUCUUCCGUCUGCAUGAAGAGACGCUGCAGCUCAAACAGCACAUCCACAAACAGGAUGAAAAGAUCAGAAAGCUGGGCACAAAGCUAGUGCGUCUUGUGAAAGACCGUGAACGACUUCAGCAGAUGGCUGCUGGGAAGGUGCAGCCGCCCAGCAGGGUCCGAGACAUAGAAACAGAAGAAAUGAUAGAGGAGCUCCAGGAGAACGUCAGGGGGCUGCAAGCUGAAAAAGAAGAACUGAAACAGCGCCUCCUGGUGGCCAAAAACCAGGUGAUCAACUCACAGAGGUGGAGGCCAACACCUUAUGGACGUGUGCAGCCACAGGUUGACUCCGGCCUUGCCAAGCUUAGGGAUGAUGCUUCGUCUCCUUCCCGUGCUCGACCCAGAGGUUUGAGGAGUUGGGAUACAGAGAGGAAGCCUCCCACCGGGCAGCUUCCUCGAUAUGGACACAGCUUAUUGGAGGAGGCCCGAGGAGAGAUACGUAACCUAAACAAUGUCAUUGAGUCCCAGCAGAGUCAAAUAGAAGAGCUGGAACGAGCAUCUGAGCUGCUGAGGGAGGAGCUGAAAAAGAAGGAGGCGGAGUAUGAAGAGCAUCUUCAGCAGAUGCGACAGCAGCAAACCUUCUCUCUAAGGUCCCAAGUCAACAGCAACGUGUCGCUGAUCAAACUGCAGAAGCAGCUGGCUGACCGCUCCAACGUCGUCACCAUGCUGGAAGGUCGAUUUGUGAGCUUGCAAGAGGCUCAGCAGACGUUAAAGACCUGUCUGGAUGGAGCGAUGGCGAAGGUGGAGGAGCUGACAGCUCAGCUGAAGGAGGAACGGCUGAAGAGUCUGGAGCUGGAGACAGUUGUGCAGAAUGCCAACAUCACCAAGACCCAGAGGGAGAAGUUACAGGAGAGGAUCCAUGAGCUGGAGCAGGAGAGGGACCUGUUGAGGGAGGAAAACAAGAGACUUCAGCACAGUGCCUUCGACAUUUCUCAGCAACAAAAAUGGCAGCUCCAGGAGCAGCAGCUGAAGCUGCAGAUCUCUCAGCUGGAGACGGCGCUGAAGGCUGACCUCGUCGACAAAAAUGAGAUCCUGGAUAAAAUGAAAGCUGAAAGAGAUAGAAAUGAGCAGCUGGCAGAAGAAAACAGGAGAGUUCACCUCCGCAUUCUGGAGCAGAAGCAGCAGCUGGAGGAGCUUAGCAGCCGCCUGAAGUUCUGCAGCAGGGAAAAUGAUUACAGCGAAGCCGAGCUCACUGAGGCACUCCUCCUCAUCAAGACACGUAAAUCCCAGAGGAGUGGGGACCUGGGUUUCUUGGCUGAGGAGGAGGGGAGCAAUAGCAAGGAGACCUCCAUCAGAGAGCUGAGGGCAGCCCACGCCGAGACCUUCCAGGAGCUGGAGAAGACGCGAAAACUCCUGAGCAUGGAGAGCCGCAUCUGCAAGGACUACAAGGCGGAGCUGGAAGUAGUUGUGGAGAAGGCCAACAAAGACAGAGCGGAGUACGAGCAGAAGCUAAAGCACCAGACUCAGCUGCUGGAUGCCAGAGCUGCAAAAAUCCACAAACUCGAAGCUAAGUUCAAAGACAUCGCAUACAGCCCCAAGACAUUCAUGACCAGAGCAGAGCCUGCAGAUACUGGAGAGUCUGAUGAAGCUUCUGGGAGAACCUCCUGUGAAAACCUUGUGGAGUUUCAGAUCGUCAGCGUCUCGCUGUCUCCAGCCACCUUGCAGGCUCUGGGGGAUGCUGAGCUCUCCACCUUCUGCACGUACUCUUUUUAUCUGUUUGAGCUGCACGCUACUCCCGUGGUGACGGGCGUCAGCCCCAAAUAUGACUUCACCUCCAGGUAUGCAGUGAGCAUGGACAAGCACUUCCUGGACUACCUGGACAAAAGCUCAGUGACGGUGGAGCUACAUCAGGCCCAGGACUGGAAGACUAUUGGAAGUGGAGAGAUACGGCUGCAGGAUCUGCUGGGGAGGGAGGGGAGUGUCCAUGGCAGCAUUCCUCUGUUCGGGACACAGGGGUCGCCGUGCUUAGGCUCUCUAGAAUAUUGUUUGAGACUGAAGACCCCCAUGGCUGAAACCAAGAGGCUGCUUGCAGAGACGGCUGCCAGCUCCGCCCACUCCGCCCACCCACAGCUGCUGCCAUCAGUGACCGACAGCUGGAAUGAGCUCUUCAUCACCAUACACCGCUGCUCGGACCUUCGCUCCGUCCACUCCCAGUUCCCGAGUCCAUAUGUGGUUUACAAGUUCUACAGCUUCCCUGACCAUCCCUCUGCAACCGUCCAUGACUGCUGCGACCCGGAGUUCAAUGAUCUGAAGUCCUACUUUGUCCCCAUGGAUUCAGACCUGGACCGGUACUUGAGGUCUGAGACGCUUCGGAUCUAUGUGUUUGACUUCAAAGAGGAGCGGAUGGACAUGUUUGUCGGGAAAGCCGCCGUUUCCCUGCUGCCGCUGGUCAAUGACCAGACCUUUUCUGGUGUAUUUGAGCUGGUGGACCCGUCAGGACGUCCUGCUGGACAUAUUGAGGUGCUGUUCGGGUGGAAGCUCACUUACGUUCCUCCUCCGGGAUCCGUCACUGCAACAGACUCGAGACUCAUUACAGAGAGGAGACCUUCUGAGGAUCCAGCAAGUCUGACACCAGAACCCAAAACUGAAAAUAAAGAAAGGACUGACACAGGACAGAAUACACACUGGGCCUGUUCUGAAACUAUAGCUGGAGAGGUGGCGCCACCAGAACCCACGAAACACAAGACGCAAAAGGAGGUCAGAGCGUCGGCCAAACGAGUCACGUUUGUGGAGUCCACGGAUGCAGAAGCGCUGAUCAGAGACGAAGCUCCUCGCAGCGCCAACGAGGAGGAGGAGCUGGAGGAGGAAGAGUCUCACGUCUCUGAGGGUCAGCUGAUUCCAAGCUCCCAGUCCUACUCGGAUGAUUCCGACAUCUCUGAGGAGAUUCCUGAAGAUGUUGUCAACACUCCUGUAGCUGGAGACGUUCAGAGAGAAUCGCCUCAGUCCGACAGCGACGACUGCAUCGUCCAGGGUCUGAGCACGCAGAAGAAGGCGUUGCCGAGGAUACGACUGGAAAUUGUUUCUCUGAGUCUGCGACCGCAGUCCCGCCUGGCGCAAGACGACUCUGUGGUUCGCCUUUUCGUUGAGUACUCCUUCUUGGAUCUCCCCACUGAGGAAACCCCCCUGUCCCUGCCAAAGCCCCUCCCAGGCCGCAGCAUCAACUACAACUACAGCAAAGUAAUCCCUGUGGAUCCUGAGAGCAACGCGGCUCGGCGGUCGCUGCUCAAGGAGGUUCUGCAAGGACAGAGCCCUCAGAUGGAGAGAAUCCGCUUUACAGUGGUGAGUGAGCCGCCGGAAGAGGAGGAACAAGAGAGGGAGUGUGAGGAUGUGGGUGUGGCCUACCUGAGAAUACCUGAGAUCCUGGAGAAACAGGAAGAGCUGAUGGAGGUCGACUUGGACGUGUUGGACGUGGAGGACAACAACGAGGUGCUGGGCCACCUAACUGUGUCUGUGGAGGGGCUGGAGGCACUGCAGGCCAUCAUGGAGGACCUGGACAAAGCCGAACCAGUACUGGACUGAACCUUUCUGUUGGAGGUGGAACAUCUGCUGAUCCAAACAUGAACAUCAACGUAUAUCACAGACUCUGCAGCUUCUGAAAUGGAUCCAUCAAAAAACCAGGAAUCUUUUUUUAUCUAAGUUUACAAAAGUCUGCUUGAAGUUUUGACAAUAGACCUUUUUUUUACCAGCUUUGCUGAUUUAAAUUAAAAUUUCUAUUUAUUGUAAAGUGUCGGUGUUGGGGUCAUGUGACAAUAAUCUCAACCAAAAAUAUUUGAAAUAAAAAAGAAAACAAAUGAU